AUGUCGCUUACUCUGAACAUAAGCGAAGAGGAACGCGCCUGCAUCCUCGCUGGGUUUUCAGAUCCAGCUGUUCGCGCUAACAGCAAGCUCUCCGGACAAUCCCAUCGAUCCGACAAGGACGACGAGGCACCGGCCACACUACCUGCCCGAGUUUUAGGCAGAGCCCGUCUGUCAGAUGUUGUUAGGUCUGCCUUUGACCCCGGAGAACGAAGCGACGACGAAGAUUACCAAAGACCACUUCCAAAACACGCUGAAUCCAUCCAAAACCUCGCCAACGCACUAGCCGAAGUUAUGGUGCCCGACAUAUCCGCCGAAGUCCCAUUUGUUCAUAAUCCACACAGAACCCCAAAGGAAACCUCUAGAGGAGAUGCUUUCAAUAGUAUCCGACAGCUGGAUGCGAAGAAUCUUGCCAUGCGGCUGAUGAAGGAGCCGUCUGCCCACAAUUGGAUGAGAUACAUCACAUUCACACCCGGUGGAUGUGAAUUCACGGCCUCUGACCUCCCAACAAUUGAUGAGCUUGUUGACACGGCAACAAAAUUCAAGUAUUGGGCAAAUUCACGAAUCAGACUUCUGAAGGAGAAAGAAUCACUGAAAGCCUUGUUGGAUGACCUGAUUGACGCCCUAUGGAACAACAGACAAGAUAGAUUUCGAUUCGCGGGAACGUGCGGGGAAGUUACUGCGGAAUUAUGUAGCGACGCGGUUGUUGGUGGAAUCGACUCGUUGAUGGUUUUCGGGAUGAAAGUGUUUUUGCACGAGAGUGGAUGGAUGUAUAAAAUUGCCAGUUUGCCAAUCAAGUUCCUUGAAUCGCUGAAUAUACGUCCACACCGCCAAACAUCCCUGUAUCAGACACUCGUCAAUUGUGAAAGACUUUUGGUUAGGAACUCUUACCUAACGUCGACCAUGAAAGCCAAAUUGGAAAUACCCAAAGAGGAGUGGCAUCAGCUCAUCCUGGACCGAACACCCAAGUCGGACCUGCAACAAAAAGCAUUCUCUGAGACGCCUCUUGCCCAUUUGUUCUACCGACAGCCCUUUCUUUCCGCAUCAUCUGAUACUCACAUCAACCAUGAAGAAUCCUCACCUGGUGUGAACGCUCCUAAGACGAGCUCCCCGAGAACGAUCGACAUUCUGGCCAUGAUCAUGGUCUCGGACAGAGAGGGAGAUCUUCCCUUGGAGGAUCUGACCGACGACGACGACGAUAAGCCGCACAAAUCUUGGCGAGAUAGUGCCGUGCAAUGCAUCCGCGGAAAGAGCGUCGAGAAUGUAGCGAGCUUGCUGAAUAGCCGUAGGGCCUGGAUCAAGUGGAUAGAAGACGGACAAAACGACAAGGUCCAUAUCUUCACAUCUGCCGACCUUCCUCCCAUCGGUGAGGACAGCCCCGACAACAAAGCUGUCGCAGCAGGGUCAGAUACGAUGAGAUCAUUAGCAAAAAAGAUGGCGCAUAUUGCCCGGCAUUAUCUCCCCAAUGAAUUAAGGCUCACCAACGAUGGCGAUGGGUUCAAGUAUGAACGCCUCUUUCUCAGCCUCGAGAAAGCCGUGACUCAGUGCUCGGAUAUGGCGACUUACGUGCGAACGAAGACAAAGGUUUUCAAACGAGAGGUCCCUCGAAGAGUCCCAAGCAUCGCCAUUUUGUUCAAGAUACUCACCAUCGCCUCAGACCUUCCUCAAUUGUCGUUUCAUUCAAACGCUCCACGCCACCUAGCCAUGUCGUCACCUCCACCCAAACCAUACGAAGUUGUUGAUAAGCUCCUCAGCGAACGAGCGAAGAACACCAAGUCGAAAGAAACUAUCAAGUGGCUGCUUGAACGGAAGACCUUUCUUUCCAGCAUAUUCGAAGCCGAUGAUGACAAGUACGACGACGAAGCAUUCGAGAAAGCUCUACUCGAGGCCAUGAUUGUCGACCGCGACAACCUGCCCGAUCAGCAAGUGCUCAACGGUGAUCGAGAGGAUGAGUGGAAACUCGCCCUGGAACGAAUAAAGGGGAUGAAGGAAGACGAAAUGAAGUCGCGUUUGGAGGAUCUAUUCUAUACCCUACCGACAAGAAAGGACAUUGUGGACUUUAUGAGCCCACUGGGGGCCCACGAGGCUGUGGCGGAGGAGUCGGUCAUUGGUGCCAUGCAGCUUCUUUUCAGAAACUACGUGGCCAUGUCCCUGCUUAUCGAGUCAAAGAUCAAGAGCCUCAUGAAGCCUCAGAUAUGGCUGGACAUACCAUUCGAGGAACUUGACAAGGUCCUCAAAGAUCGACUUCCGAAAGAUGUCGGCGACAAGCUGAUCGAGGUUACCCGCAAUAACCAGCUGUCAGCCAAGCCUUCCACAUAUUUGCCAGACAAUGGCACACUUACCGACGCUAAGACUUUUGCAAAAGUGCUGGCCAAGGUAAUGCUUGCGGACAAGUUUGGGGAGCUAAAGUUACCUGUAUACGAGUCUUCCGACCUGGUUGUGGCAAGAAUGAACAAGAUAAAGAACUCCAGCCUAACUCCAGAACUGCAAGGACCGGUGGGCUUCAGAGGAGAAAUAGAAAAGAUGCAACUACAAGAAGCGGAGUAUGCGAUUCUCGACCUGGACGAGGAAACGAUCGUGAGUCGCCUGGUGGAUGAGCGUUGGAUGCAGUGCAUCAAUGACAGGGCCGGAUUUGUGUCCCAUGACCUGCUCUCGCCUGACAUCAAAUUCCUGAGACACAAAAUUGCGCGCAAGCCCGUACCGAGUGUUACCUCUGCUGAGGCCGGAGAGUCGAAGACCAAGGAAUCUACCGUCACGGAAUCUGGAACCGAACAGUCCGCCGCCAAAAAGUCCAAGGCCGAGCAGCCUGACGCCGUGAAGUCCGACGCUGAGGAGCCCAAAGCCGGGGAAUCUGCGGUCGGAGAAACGGCAACCGGGGAGUCCAACGGCGAGCAGUCUAACACCGGGGAGUCUAGUACCGGGAGUCCCGGAACUGGAGAAUCUUCGACCGAGCAACCUAAGCCUCAGGAACCCACGGCUGAGGCACCCACGGCUGAGGCAUCCAAGACCGAGCAGGCCAAGCCUGGAGACUCCGGGACACCACCCGUGACGACCAAAAAAUAUACCGAAUAUGGCGAUUAUUGCGAUGAAUGGAAUGUAGAAGAAGCGUUUAGAGGUGAAUUGCCUUUCUAA